AUGCCGUCGUUACUACUGUCUUGGUUUUUAUUCCAUGCUCUCAUACUAGCCUUCGUCGCUGGCUACAAGAUUGACCAAUCGUGCGAAGACAAGGGCAUUACGCAAGACAUUCGUGAUGCUAUGACUUCGGCUAUCGAGAAGGCUGCCGGAGCAUACGAUACCCUGACAUCUUCACUAAGCGACGAUGCACUCGAACUUCUGGGUUUCCUGUUCGCGAAAGAUGGUGUGAGUCCGGCCGAACUCAUGGACAAGGGCAGUUUCGGCAAGACCAUAGGGGUUUUGCAAAACAUCAAUGCAAACAUGUGGAAGGAAGUGACUGGUACCGCCGAGGUACUUCCUGAAGACGUGGUCAUCUUUUGCCAUUAUGAUCGCUGGAAACCGGUGGAAGGAGAGAAGGACCUUUAUCGAGAUUCUACAAAUGGUGUGCGACUAAAGUUCCGUGAGCAAGCAUGUAGAGGUAAUACGGUCCUCGACAAGAUUGCCCUGGCAGUGACCUUCAACCCGGAAACAGAGGUUGUCUGGAAGAACGGAAGGCCCAUCGCCGGUACCGGUAUGCAACCUGCCCAGAUUCAGCUAUGUACUUGGUUCGUCGAUUGGAUCAAGCAGAAGAAGUUCAAGCUUUCUGGUGACGUUCAAAAGAGAACGAAGAUUGGGAGGGCGGUGAUCAACGCGGCCGAAUGGAGACAAUUCGGUCUCAGACAGAUUGAUGCAUUUUCACUUCUGGAUAAGGUUCUCUUGCACGAGAUGACGCACGCCCGGGGUGCCUACAUCGAAUACAAAGAUGGCGAAAUAGAAGCUGAGGGCCUCAUAGAUGUUACAUCUCCCGAACGCUUGCUCGGUAUCUGGAAGUGGCCAGCGUAUGGAUGGAAGGGAGCAACGGCGCUCGCACGGCAAGGCGAUGGCCUUGGUGAAUACGCCGCACCAGACAACAACGCUGACACUAUAGCCCUUUUCGCGAGCGGGUGUUCACUGCUCAAGGACCAAAAGAAGAUCGAUGCCAAAGGACGGAUAGUACCGAUGCAGGAGGUACCGUCGUGA